AUGUACGUAUUCGAAACUGGGUUUAUUUCGUGCGUAUCUAAUGUAGGUCGUAGUGAAGGAAAGGAGGAGACAAUGACUCCUUAUGGGAUACCUAUAGGUGCGUCGUUGUCGCUGGGAGCAGUGAUCUGCUCACUAUUCACUAUUCACUCGAUUGUGUUAGAAAUUGACAGUAUGCAAAGCGAAGUGAUAUCUGGAGUGCAAGAAAUGAAGGUAAUGACCGAUGACGCCUGGAACCGCAUCCUUAUCCUCCACACAAAGGGACUCCAACCGGAUGCUCCCGAAUCUUUUGCCUCCCUUUUUGCCCGUCACAAAAGAUCUUAUGGUUCGUUCUGCAACUGUGCAGCAGACUCUCAAGGCUGCCCUGCGGGUCCACAAGGACCACCUGGGAUCCCUGGUAAGCGAGGAGAACAGGGAAGUCCUGGGGAGCCGGGAAAACCAGGAGCUAGUGGAAUAUCCUUAGUAGUUACGCACAGCAUUCCUGGAGGUUGUGUUAAAUGUCCUCAAGGGCCGCCAGGACCUGAUGGCCCUAUAGGUCCUCCUGGUGAACCUGGUUAUCCCGGAGUGGUAGGUCCAACAGGAGAGUAUGGAGCAGAUGGAGCUCCUGGAGAAGAUGGACCACCUGGAGAUCAAGGUAACAAAGGCUUGCCGGGCCUUGAAGGAGCUCCAGGACAACCUGGACAUGAUGGUAUAAUCGGUGCACCUGGUAUGGAAGGAGCGCAAGGAGCUCCAGGAUGGCCUGGACCACAAGGCGAGCCUGGCAAGAACGGAGAACCAGGUCAGGACGGCACGCCCGGUCCUGCUGGGCCUGCAGGUCCACCUGGAUUCCCGGGUAAAAACGCCGACGAUGGAAGCCCAGGAUCUCCAGGAAAAGAUGGGCUAGUUGGAGAAGACGCGAACUAUUGCCCGUGUCCUGCUCGCAGCGAGAAGAAACACUGA